AUGAACCCAGCAAGCAUAAACUAUGAAGUGAUGGUUUGGAAUGAAGGGAAAGGAAGCAGGAUGGAAGAACAGGCAAAGGAAGAGUUGGAGCUGCUUGAAGCCCAAUAUCCUAACCAACAUGAGUAUCUAAAGCAUGAGCUCAAGUCGUUAAUCUUUCAACUCCAGACCAAGCACCUGGAUUCUGAACAGCUUCCAGAAAAUAAUUACUGCAACACCCACCAUGUUUUCUUUGAUACUGAAGAAUCCACCAGUUUGGAGGAGCAAAGGAAGAGGAGUAACUAUACUUUAAAACUUACUUCGGCAGACAGAGUAGGGAUGGAGGAGGAGAUUAGUGGAAGUUCUGAGCAUGAAACUCCCAAGAAUGACACAAUAAAGCACUCCUCAAGCAGGAAGAACAAGAGGAAAAAUAGGGUUGAUUUGGUUCUUGAGAGGGCACAACUCAUAGCGGUUGUGGGAUUUGUCAAGCAAUGGUAUCAGCAAGAAAAUGGCUCAAAAGAUGAUCUUGCAGCUGUUUUUGGCUUUUUGGCAAAAGCAGAGUAA